GAGGAGCGGGGCUGAGUCGAGGUGGGGAAAUGGGUGUGGAAGGGGCUGAGACUUGGAGGGGCUGGGAAACUAUCGCCCCAAUGUGGAUAUUUCUAAGAUUUGAAGGAGCUGUCUUGCGGGAUUCUUAGGUAGGAAAGGGCAAGCCAAGGCUUUAGGUGGGGCAGACCUUGAAUGGAAACCACAGAGGUACUCAUUUUUAAAGAAAGGAAGAGGCUGAAAGCGAGUGGUUGUGGACCCCUAGACCAGGGCCAAAGUUGGUUGCCUAGGUAACUAUAGAGCGUUUGGCUUGUCCACUGAGUCUCUUAGGCCAUUUCCGGUAAGGAAGGGGCGGGACUAAAGUUGCAGUGGGGAAAUUUCGUUCCGUCACUUCCUACGCAGGUAGGCUUUUGUGCACUUGGAUUGGGUUUCCUUUCCCAACCAGCCGGAUGUCCCGCCUCCGGAGCUUUUCCUGGUUUUGGCCGAAGCGAUGGCGGCUUUGACAGACGUGCAGCGGUUACAGGCUCGGCUAGAAGAGCUGGAACGCUGGGUGUAUGGGACAGGCGAGGCGCGCGGCUCUCGGAAGGUAGCUGAUGGCUUGGUUAAGGUACAGGUGGCUUUGGGGAACAUUUCCAGUAAAAGAGAGAGGGUUAAAGUCCUGUAUAAAAAGAUUGAAGACCUGAUAAAAUACCUGGAUCCUGAGUACAUUGAUCGAAUCACUGUUCCUAAUGCUGCCAAAUUGCAAUUCAUCUUAGCAGAGGAACAGUUUAUUCUCUCCCAAGUGGCGCUCCUGGAACAGGUAGAGGCUCUGGCUCCCCUGCUGGAUAGCUCUCACAUCAAAGCUGUUCCCAAGCAUGCUACCAGGCUGCAGGCUCUAUCCCAGAUCCACAUCCAGCAGCAGGAUCAGUGUGAGGAAGUCACCGAAGCGACUAAGGCACUCCUGGAAGAGUACAACAAGAUGACAAUUCUCCUCUCCAAGCAAUUUGUCCAGUGGGAUGAGCUUCUGUCCCAUCUGGAGGCGGCAAAACAAGUAAAACCUGCAAUGGAGUGAGGGAAGGAAUUUGUAGGUUAACUCCCCUCCUAGAACAUGUUCACCCCUCAGGGUCCCUCAUUCCCUGUAUUCCCUGAUGUCUGAGUCACCACUCCAGGUGGGUGUGAGCUGCCUGUGCCCCCCAGAUUGAUAUCUUCCCCUUGUACUUGGGAUGGGGAUUGGCCAUGUAUUUAUUAGAGUUUGGGGGAAGGGGUUUGAGGAAAUACUGUUCUCUAGGCAGCCCCAAUUUGAAGAUGGGGGAAAAGGGAAAAGUCAGGGUGACUUGUAGAGAUGCAGGCCUUGGCCCUGGGAUCCUUUUUAUUCCUGGCUAUAUCACGAUCCUUCUGUUAACUCCCCACUCCGUCAUAACCAAUACCACACAAGGAAAAUGGAACUCUGUUGUCCUUAUUACUGUAAUAAUAAAGAAAUGACACAUUAAAAAAAA